AUGGACAACCUCCAACAGCCACCGGCUCCGCCAACGUCAUCAAACUCGGCGCCGGGUACACAUCCCUCGAUUUUAGACCCCAGAAAGCAGGAGCUACUCGAGGCGCGGUUCAUGGGAUCUAAUCAGCGGAUGGCGGCUGCUGGAUUCAACAACCAAACGCAGACUUCACAGCAGCACUACCUGCAUCACUCCCUCACGCCUCACCCAACACUCCCACCUCAUCCACAUCACUCGCACUCACCUCAAUCGAUGGUUCAGCAUCAGCUGCAGUCCUCAUCCUCAACGAGCUCGAACCCCUCUUCCUCGAGUCCUAGCAUUCCACCGAACGGCUCACCGUUUUCGUCCAUGCUAAGCCAGCAGCAAGCACCACCGCAGUCGUCGUCGUCCUUGCAGCAGCCUCAGCAAUCGCCACAGCCACUGCAGCCCGUCCAAAACCAAGGCUCUACCAGCUUGCAGGGGGCGAUGAUGCAGACCACCAACUCUGUCCCGACUCCUCCAGGCUCCUCCUCCUUUGCGAGUGCCUCCAACAACAAUAGCCUGAACAAUCUCCCAAACACCAACAACAAUUCCGCCGGCUCGACGCAGUCUUCUUGUCACUACUCAGCUCAUUCCUCUUCACAUAAUCAGGACUCAAAUCUGUCGACCACCUCGGCGGGCAGUCACUGUUCAGACAAGCAGGAGCCUCCAGUUCAUUGUGAUACUCUUCAUGCUCAUACGCCGGAGAAACGGGCGCUGUCGCAAGCUGAUCCGACUACGCCUACAGGAGCCAAUGGUGCCCUUGCAAACAGUGCUUCNGAUACUCUUCAUGCUCAUACGCCGGAGAAACGGGCGCUGUCGCAAGCUGAUCCGACUACGCCUACAGGAGCGAAUGGUGCCCUUGCAAACAGUGCUUCCACUGGCUCACAGCGAAAACGACGGAAAAAGGAUGAGCCACCUCCUCCUUCUCAAGAGCGAGCCAAUUCAGUUGGCUCGAAGCGAGGGGAGAAAAAAGUGACUGAUUACUUUAAGAACUCGAGUCCUAGUCGAUACAAUGCAGCUGGCGCCAAGUCGCCGACGUCCAGUUCACUCCCAUAUUACAUGUACCAGCAGCAGCAGGCAGUCUCAUCGGCGGCGUCACUUCCUUCCAGUACCACGACGGCAUCCGCCUCCACUGCCCCUGACCACGGUGCUGCCUCCCUGCUUCACCACCAUCAACUGUCGAAUUCAUUUGCCACCCCUCAGAGCAGGUCUUCCACACUGCAGCACACCAUGAACUCGAUCGCCACUACCAGUAACAGCUACUCUUCCAGUAAGAGUACUGCAUCCAUCAGCACUCAGACUGACCUAACAAUGAACAAACUGAGCAAUCAGGACGAGCAUUAUGCGGCUGAACUCGAAUCUCGUGAUUCAAAGAUUGACGAAAUAACACGAUCAAUGGAAGAGCUGCGACGCCAGCUGAAGGCGUACAGGGAUGAGAACGACAAACAAAGCGAUCGCCUUAAUAAAUGCAUUGACGUGACCAAACAAUUGCUAAUCGAGAAGAGUUUGAUGGAGAAGAAGGCUGCCCGACAAAAAUGUAUGCAAAAUCGACUCCGGCUGGGACAGUUUGUCACUCAACGUCAAGGUGCCGUAUUUGCGGAAAAUUGGGUGGACGGAUCGGCCUUUACCGAGCUAAUUAAAAAGCAAGAGCAAAUAUCAACUGCCCGCGAAGAGAUUGAACGACAGCGCAAGAUGCUAAUCAAGAAGAGACCUUCUCUGGCGGUGAGCAAAACCAAGCCGUCCUUCCCCAAUGGCGACUCAAAUGGAGAGUUUGUCAAGCCUGAGUCGCCAAAGGAGAUGAACUGGCACGAAUAUUACGAGCAAGAUGAGAUUCUCAAGCUACGAUCUCAGGCCCUUAAGAAGGAGGACGCCGACUUGCAACUUGAGCUUGAAAAGUUGGAGCGUGAACGCAACUUGCACAUUCGCGAGUUGAAGCGCAUUCACAAUGAAGACCAGUCUCGCUUUAACAACCAUGUGACUCUGAAUGAGCGGUACCUGCUCUUGAUGUUACUUGGAAAAGGUGGUUUCUCCGAAGUGCACAAAGCAUUUGAUCUCAAAGAUCAGCGCUAUGUCGCAUGUAAGAUUCACCAGUUGAACAAGGACUGGAAGGACGACAAGAAGGCCAACUACAUUAAACACGCUCUGCGCGAGUACAACAUUCACAAGCAGCUGGACCACCCGAGAGUCGUUCGCCUGUAUGACGUCUUUGAGAUUGAUGCCAACUCUUUCUGCACUGUACUCGAGUACUGUGAUGGCCACGACUUGGACUUUUACUUGAAGCAACACAAAAGCAUUCCGGAGCGUGAAGCUCGCUCCAUCAUCAUGCAAGUGGCGCAUGCACUCAAGUAUUUGAAUGAGAUCAAGCCGCCCAUCAUUCACUAUGAUCUUAAGCCUGGUAACAUCCUUCUCAGCUCGGGAACAACCUCUGGGGAAAUAAAAAUUACCGAUUUCGGCCUUUCCAAAAUAAUGGAUGAAGACAACUACUCUGCAGACAGUGGAAUGGAUCUGACAAGUCAAGGUGCCGGAACGUACUGGUAUCUCCCGCCAGAGUGCUUUGUUGUUGGAAAAAAUCCACCGAAAAUUUCGUCUAAAGUUGAUGUAUGGAGCGUUGGCGUGAUUUUCUACCAGUGCCUUUAUGGCAAAAAACCUUUUGGUCACAACCAAUCACAAGCUACCAUUCUGGAGGAGAAUACCAUUUUAAAAGCAACGGAAGUUGACUUUCCUUCCAAACCACCAAUCAGUCAAGAAGCUAAGCAUUUUGUUCGACGCUGUUUACAGUAUAAAAAGGAGAAUCGCAUUGAUGUGAUUUCUCUUUCAAACGACGAAUACCUGAAACCCAAAACGAAACACGGCAGUACUUUGGACCCAAAAGGUCUCAGCAGCUUGUGA